CUCGUCGUUGGUUGUGGCGUUGGCGACCUGUCGUGGCAGCUGCACCACCUCCCCACCUCACUCGCUCUGCCUUCGGUGGCAUCAACCGACUUCCACAUGUCGACGGCCAACAAUGUGCUGUCUCUUGCUGGCAAGCUCUGCCUCGUGACCGGCGCAUCCUCUGGUUUGGGGAUGCACUUCGCCAGGACGCUGGCCAACCAUGGAGCCAAGGUGGCCGUCGCGGCUCGACGACUGGACCGGCUCGACGCUCUGGUGGAAGAGCUCACGCUCGGGGGGGCGGCAGGCGUGUGCGCGGUGAGGAUGGACGUACGCGACGAGACCAGCAUCAAGGCCGGGGUCAAACAAGUUGAACAGAUUCUGGGGCCAAUCGACGUGCUGGUCAACAAUGCCGGGGUGGCCGUGCAAAGCCCCUCCCUCAAGCAGACCAGGAGAGAGUGGGAAAAGGUGCUCGACACCAACCUGGUGGGCCCGUUCAUGGUGGCCCAGGCCGUGGCCCGCAGCAUGGUGCGAGAAAAACGGAGCGGGAGCAUCAUCAACAUAUCGAGCGUGUCAGGCAUGGUGCCCUCCUCGGGUUUGGCUUCGUACUGCUCGUCCAAGGCGGGGCUGACGCAUCUUACCAAAGUUCUGGCGCUCGAGUGGGCGAGGCACGGCAUUCGGGUCAACGCCGUGUGCCCCGGCUACUUCAAGACCGAGAUGAACUCAGAUUUUUUCGACACUCCCAACGGCGAUCGGAUAGUGAAGGCGAUACCGAUGCGUCGUUUGGGCGACCCUUCCGAGCUGGAUGGUCUCCUGCUCAUGCUGGCAUCGGAGCGCGCGUCAAGUUACAUGACGGGCAGUGUGCUAACCCUGGAUGGUGGAAUCAUGCUUAGCCACUUGUGAACUCUUGCACUGUAUAUACGGAAGCACCAGCGCCGGCGCACACGGCAGCGAGGACCCGACCGAUGUUUGUUGAGUAUCCCGGUGAUUUCUGCCUACCUGCUGACAAGGCGUGAGUGACACACUUACCCUUGGGGGCACUAGAACCGAUGCUAACACCGUGUUAUGUCGGAAGGAGGAUCCAAGGGACGGUCCGGGAAAACAUCAGGACCAGGUGCUGAGGAGACUUCAUGGUCAGGGUGGCCGCUCUUGACAAAUGAGAAAGUUUUGUUUUGGUUUUGUUUCCUGGCUUCCCUGCAUCGUCCCUGCGUUCUUGUUCAUCGAGCUUAGUUGCCGGAGGAUACUACCCGUGGUUAGCGCUCCCGCACGCCACCUUGUCCGUUUGAAACGGCUUCAUGGUCAGAUGUUUGUCAGGGUUCCUCGUCUUGUGCAAUGUACCCGAAGUCUGUGGGAGUGGGGGGGAGGUUGGUGCUUGUGCUAGGGGACUUUGAAUUGUCAAGAGUACAGGAAGGUGUCGUCUUUUCAGUUGUUGUCCUCGAUAAUGCCGGUGGUGAUUGUGCGUUAAUUUCGAUUGUUGCCCCGAAAGGCCAGAAUUAUAUGUUCUUUCCGUCGAAACGAUGAUCUGUACGUGUCUGUCGUGAAGCAUUCAUUGCUGUCCAAAGGUAGGAGUGGCCUGUUUGAAGAGACAGCUUGAACUGGGUGCUGCUAGGUGUUCAGGAACUGCUUGUCGUGGGAAGAUGUUGUAUCCAACGUUGACGAUUUCGCGGACGAAAGUGCAUGCCGCUUUCACCUUCUACGGCUCACCCAGUACAUCCCACCGCUCGCCUCUCAGCUAAGGAAUUAGGGAUGGCAAUCAUGGAUGCCUCCACGUCGUGACAGCACGAUUACCUGUCGCGCUCUUUUCUUUCCUUCGAAUUUUUCGUGUUUUUUUUUUUUCGUUUCGUAAAAGAACAUCCAACGCUGGAGUAACCUCUCCGUCCGGACGGGCUCUAGCUUCCGCC